AUGAGUCUUGCCACUCUUUAUACUGCAGAGAAGCUGCUUGUUCCGUGGACCGCUGCCCCCAUGGAUGCGGCUGCCCUCUUUGAGUGCCCCAAGUGGGAGCUGACGCCCAAGCAACAAGUCACUGUGGCGGCCUAUGCCAGAGAGCUGGGCAAUGAGCAGAUGCAAACUGGAAAGCAUGAGGAGGCCUUCCAGUUGUACAAGAAGGCACUCUUCAUGGUGGAGUUCGAUGAGGACUUUCACGAAGACGAGGAGGGUGAGAGCCGAGGCCCGCUCCCUGCGCUCAACGAAGUGCACAAGGAGCGGGAGCGGUGCUUGGGGAACAUUGCCGCAGCUGCUUUGCUCCUGGCUUCGGCGAGUUCUGAUGAAGAGCGCAGACGCGAAGAAGGCUUCGCAGGAAGUGCAAAGUUGUGGCAGCUCGGCAGAUACCGGCUAUCCCAGCUGCCCGUUUGGCGUGGCUUUGUGGCAAUGGGUGAGCCAGUGAGCCCUCAGAUCCAGAAGUCAGAAAGCACUGGCACGAGGCAAAAGCCGCAUGCAAGCUGGCCGAAGAUGCCCAUCGCACAGCUGUUAAAGCCAUGGGAAGUUCUGCCCUAUGGCAAGAUGCACAAGUGGACCAAAGGUUAUGAGUCCGAGCAGGCAAGGCCCUUUGCUAAGUGUCAUGCCGACUGGUUUGCGGAUUUGCUUUGCAAUUUGCAGGAGCGUGCAGCGCAGAUCGAGUACAACAAGCGGCAACUUUUGUUUCACAUCGAGAAAAACAAGAAGAAACCGGACAGCGAGGAAGAGGACAACGACGUGGUCUUUUAUCGGGAGGAGGUUUGGAAUUGA